AUGCAACAUUACUUGGAUAACAAUUUAAAUUAGUAACAAUAAGAUCCAUUUGUAAAUGACGAUUUUCAAGGUGAGGAUGGAGACAACCUCCUGUUGGAAGAAGUGGAUCCAGAAUAAGAAAUCUAGGAAUAAAGAAACCAACUAUUAUCCCAAUAGCAUUAAGAGUUGGUGAACAAAGUAUUAUAAGAAGAGGAUGAAAUCAUAGUAUUCCAUAGAGAUCAUAUUGAUGUGAUGGUAGAAAUUUGUAAAUCAGAUAUGAUUCUAUUGAAUUCUUUGGACCAGAAUCAGGUGGCUGUGGCUGACUAUAUGGUGAAGUUAAAAUAGAAUUUGCAAGUCAAACAAUAGGCUAUCAACGAUUUCAUAACAAAGUUGGGAUAAUAUGAGCUAUUGCUAGAAUAAGAAGCUGAAUUGAAUGAAUAAUUGAAGGAGUUCGGAUUGGGUAAUAACUCAAAUUAAACAAAUAUAUAAUGA